CGAGCGAGAGACGAAGGGUGAGUCGCAGAAUCGCGGGCGCUCCGAGGGUGGUCCAGCGAGUGUGCGAGCGCGCGGGAGUCGUCGUCGUGUCUUCUCAUCGGGAUUCGCAAACGUGUCGGCGCCGUCGUCGCCGUCGCCGUCGCAUUGUGUGUCGCGGUGUCGUUUUUAUUCGAGGAAGUCGGCCCGUUUUUCCGCGCUCAACGACGACGUGUGCCGCUCCCAUUCGUUCGAAACUGCCGACGAGAAGACGAGAGAAGUGUUCUCGUGUGGGCGCGCGCGCGCGCGUGUAUGUGUGUAUAUAGUGGAGAAGUUUCGAAAAAGUUCCGAAGGUGAAAAAUCCUGAAAAAAAGUCAAAAGGCGAAAUAGUGCACGCGCGAAUCUCUUUGAGUGUCGGUCGACGACAUCGUCUUGUUUCGACACCGCACUUGUAUACGGGCCGGUUAACAGCGUUGUCGUUCAUCGUGGUUAAUGAGAUUUUCAUUUUUCCCUUCUGUAUAUCUAUAUAUCUAUAAGAUUAUGAUGUAGAGAGAAAAAGAGGAGAGGAGAUUGCCGAGAGCAAAUUUCAUCGAUCGGAACUGACCCUAACUUUGCUGUUUAGAUUUACGAUCGGGAUCAACCGACACGACCUCGCGAGAGGUCAUCGCCAGCAGGAAAGUGUAUAAGCACGAAACGUAUUUACGAGGCUUCCUUGUACUUUGCAAUUUUUCUUUUUCGCGAUUGUAUACGUCCGUUUUACUACCAGUUUAUGACGAGAGGACGAAGUUGAGGAAGAAACUGCGUAAAACGUGUGAAAUCAAGUUUGCCAAUUCGUUUCACGUAUACCUCUGAAAAAAGUCUACUCGAUCGAGUUUGACUUCCUAGCAGUUUUGAGCGUUUCGACAUAGGUAUUCCAUUCAUGAAUCUUAUAGCAGGUUGUCUUUGAAUAUCCAGAUUUUGAGACACUCUGCAUAAAUUCUGUGAAUAAUUUUCCGUCGCUAUUAAGUCAGGGUGGGGUAUGAAAUUGUAAUAAAAAAGAAAAUGUACAGAUAAUUCGUGAGAAAACUACUUCUGGAAAUUUCCAUAAAACCGUUCAAAACAUCUCCGAGUGAGUGCACAUCGAGAUACUAUCGACGAUCCUCUUCACCAGAGCGACGAACAUUCAAGUGUGAUGAUUCAAUACGACGCUGAUAAAUCUCGACAGAUCGAAAUCAUUUACGACGAAUCCUCGCGUCAAACUCAGAAGCAAGAACUCUGACUCUCCCGAAGUAGAGACGCGAGAUCUCGAUGGCGAAAUAGAGAUAAACCAUUGGAUCAAGUUAUUCCUCCCGAUGGAGCUUUCGGUUUGCUCUGCGAAAACCGGAGAAGCCGAGGAAAUGUCACCAUAGUGGACUCGUAAUCGAGACUAUCAUAAUAGACGAUCGAACGAGCGGAAGAUAACAUCGUCUAAACUCGACUCCGGGAGAGGACAGCGUGUCCGGGUGCUCUCGCGAAGAUGGACGCCCUGGAGCUGCAGGCUGCCUUGGUGAAGCUCGACCCGGCCACCACGGUGACGCCCAUCGGCACCACCAUGAAGCUGGUGCCGCAUCAUCGCGUUGCCUUCACCGUGAACAUCGACGACGACGACGACGAGGGCGAUAUGGCCCUGGAAGAAUCGACGCGAAGGGACGAUGCCGAGAAGUCGCCGGCCGAGACGACGACGACGACGACGACGACGUCGUCGGUGUCGCGGAAGACGCCGGGCGGCUUGACGGCGAGUCACCAUCAUCAGGGCGGCGGCCAGCAGAUGGGUGUCUCCAAGUGUGGCAUCGUCGAGGUCAGGUGACGCCAGCCGCCCUGCUACGGCGUCAACAUGAUUUAUCACACUUAUCCGCCGCAUCGCGGCAGCAAGCACCACGC